CCUAAUCUUGUCCGCAACGAAGCAGUGGAAAAAAACCUUUCCCAUCAUUCAUCGCAUUCAUACCAGCAUCAGCUACUCCUGAACCCGCCUCUAGCAAUCAUGGCUUACCGCGGGGGGCAUGAAAACGAUUACGAUGGCGGCCACAAUAUGCAGGACCUUCCGCCUGGAUCUGGCAGAGGAUACCAUCUGCCUCCUCAAGAUGAGGGAGUUGACGAAGCCGGCCAAUCUCUUCUGAGAGACCCUCACGCACCUGCUCCCUACGAGAGCCACCUUGGAACAGGCGAGACCCCUGGCCGUCCAGUCUCCGCAUACAGUCUCACAGAAUCAUACGCUCCUGGUGCCGGAGCUCGGACACCAGUUCCUGGCGAGACAGCUUUCGCGUCUGGCUACAGCAAUGAGCUCGACUCGGAUGCUGGUGGUUUUGGCUAUGGAAACAGACCCCCCUCCACCGUGGAUGCCGACGAGAGCUGGACCCGCAGACAGCAGCCCGGCAACCAAGGUGGCGGUCUGAAGCGUUACGCGACCCGUAAGAUCAAGCUUACUCAGGGCUCCGUCCUGAGCAUCGACUACCCAGUCCCCAGUGCCAUCAAGAACGCUGUCCAGCCAAAGUACCGCGAUGUUGAGGGCGGCAGCGAAGAGUUCAUGAAGAUGCGCUACACCGCCGCCACUUGCGACCCCAACGACUUCACCCUCAAGAAUGGUUACGAUUUGCGCCCGAGAAUGUAUAACCGACACACCGAGCUCCUCAUCGCAAUUACCUACUACAACGAAGACAAGGUGUUGCUCUCUAGAACUCUCCACGGUGUCAUGCAGAAUAUUCGCGACAUUGUCAACCUGAAGAAGUCUACCUUCUGGAACAAGGGUGGACCGGCUUGGCAGAAGAUUGUCGUCUGUCUGGUUUUCGACGGUAUCGAAAAGACCGACAAGGCCGUGUUGGACGUUCUCGCAACCGUCGGUAUCUACCAGGAUGGUGUCGUGAAGAAGGAUGUCGACGGAAAGGAGACAGUCGCUCACAUCUUCGAGUACACCUCUCAAUUGUCCGUCACGCCCAACCAGCAGCUUAUCCGCCCCGUUGACGACGGCCCAUCCACUCUCCCGCCUGUGCAGUUCAUUUUCUGCCUGAAGCAAAAGAACAGCAAGAAGAUCAACUCCCACAGAUGGCUUUUCAACGCCUUCGGCCGCAUCUUGAACCCGGAAGUCUGCAUUCUCAUCGAUGCUGGUACCAAGCCUAGUCCCCGCUCGCUGCUCGCGCUUUGGGAGGGCUUCUACAACGACAAGGACCUCGGUGGUGCUUGUGGUGAGAUUCACGCCAUGUUGGGCAAAGGCGGCAAGAAGCUGCUCAACCCCUUGGUUGCCGUCCAGAACUUCGAGUACAAGAUCUCCAACAUUUUGGAUAAGCCUCUCGAGAGCUCUUUUGGAUAUGUCUCCGUGUUGCCCGGUGCUUUCUCCGCCUACCGCUUCCGCGCGAUCAUGGGUCGCCCGCUGGAGCAGUACUUCCACGGUGACCACACUCUUUCCAAGAUCCUUGGUAAGAAGGGUAUCGACGGAAUGAACAUUUUCAAGAAGAACAUGUUCUUGGCAGAGGAUCGUAUUCUUUGCUUCGAGCUGGUCGCCAAGGCCGGCCAGAAGUGGCACUUGUCGUACAUCAAGGCCGCCAAGGGUGAGACCGACGUUCCCGAGGGCGCUGCUGAGUUCAUCUCUCAACGUCGUCGUUGGCUCAACGGUUCCUUCGCUGCCUCUCUGUACUCUCUCAUGCACUUUGGUCGCAUGUACAAGUCCGGCCACAACAUUAUCCGCAUGUUCUUCUUCCACGUCCAGCUCAUCUACAACAUCCUCCAGGUUAUGUUCACAUGGUUCAGUUUGGGUUCCUACUACCUGACUACGACGGUCAUCAUGGAUCUUGUCGGUACUGCCGUCACCUCCGACGACCCCGAUGUGGCCCGCAGCGGUUGGCCCUUCGGAGACACCGCCACUCCUAUCGUUAACGCCCUUCUCAAGUACCUCUACCUGGCCUUCGUUAUUCUGCAGUUCAUCUUGGCUCUGGGUAACAGACCCAAGGGUUCUAAGUACACCUACAUCGCCUCUUUCGUCGUCUUCGGUCUCAUCCAAUCCUACAUCCUAGUCCUUUCGAUGUACUUGGUUGUCCAGGCCUUCCAGAAACCUAUUGGCGAGCAGAUCAGUCUCGACUCCGGUGAGGAUUUCGUUGCUAGUUUCUUCGGAGGCACGAACGCUGCCGGUGUCAUUCUCGUCGCCUUGGUCACUAUCUACGGUCUGAACUUCAUCGCUUCCUUCAUGUACCUCGACCCCUGGCACAUGUUUACCUCUUUCCCUCACUACCUGGUGCUCAUGUCGACCUACAUCAACAUUCUCAUGGUCUACGCCUUCAACAACUGGCACGAUGUGUCUUGGGGUACAAAGGGUUCAGACAGUACCGAGGCUCUACCUUCUGCACACGUCAGCAAGGGUGAGAAGGAUGAAGCUGUGGUGGAAGAAAUCGACAAGCCGCAAGAGGAUAUCGACAGUCAAUUCGAAUCGACGGUCAAGCGUGCGCUGGAGCCUUUCAAAGAAACUCCGGAGAACGAGAAGCCGGACAUCGAAGACUCGUACAAGUCUUUCCGUACCGGUCUGGUUGUGUCGUGGCUCUUCUCCAACACCUUCCUUAUCAUCGUCAUUACGAGUGAUAACUUCAACUCGUUCGGCAUUGGCAAAACUGCAUCAGCACGUACUGCUUCUUACUUCAGCUUCUUGCUGUACUCUACUGCCGUCUUAUCACUUGUCCGUUUCUUCGGAUUCCUGUGGUUCUUGGGCAGGACCGGUAUCAUGUGCUGCUUUGCCAGACGUUGGUCCGCUCCUCCAGGCACCUUCCCGUCCCAAGACCGCAAGACUCCGGACAGAGACGAUUACCUUAUACUUAACUUGUUGUUCAACUGCUUGGUUACCGCGCAAACACCACUGAUUCAGGAAAACACCAUCUUCCACCCAGGUCGUGUGCGUGCCCUCGUUCCCCGUCUCGCCCUUCUCGCAGAGCGCCCCACCAACUCCUCCCACCAGACACCCCGCCAGAGAUCGGACAAGAUGCUAAAGAUUUGGUCUAUGAAGAAGGAGCAGCAGAAGGCUGAAAAUGCCGACGCUGCGGGUGGCAAGAAGAAGAAGGUGACUGCCGCGCAACUUCGAGUGCAGAAAGAUCUCUCGGAACUAUCUCUCGGAUCAACAAUGAAGACCGACUUCCCUGACGCUGACGACAUUCUCCACUUCACGCUUACGAUCGAGCCCGAUGAGGGCAUGUACCGGACCGGACGAUUUACCUUUACAUUCGACAUCAACCAAAACUUCCCUCACGAGCCCCCAAAAGUCCGAUGCAAGGAGAAGAUAUACCACCCUAAUAUCGAUCUGGAGGGCAAGGUUUGCCUGAACAUUCUGCGCGAAGACUGGAAGCCCGUUCUCAACUUGAACGCGGUCAUUGUUGGACUCCAAUUCCUGUUCCUCGAACCGAAUGCCUCCGACCCUCUGAACAAGGAGGCUGCCGAUGAUCUAAGACUCAACCGCGAGGGAUUCAAGCGCAAUGUCCGGACCGCGAUGGGCGGUGGCACUGUCCAAGGGCAGAGCUACGACCGUGUGUUGAAAUAA